CUAGAAACUUUUCGUGUCAUGUUUCCACACGAAUAUACUGUCUCUUCAAGGCCAGUCAGUUUAAUGUGCUAAUGUGCUGCGUAUACUAGUCUCGGUAUGAGAUAGCCGAAUACCUUGAAUCAACUCGGCUAUAAAAGAUGUAAGAAAAUUUCCAAGCAGCAACAGUCCUCCAAGAUAGAAAGCAACCGUUGGUACCGAAACGAAACACUGCAACAAGACAACGAUGAAAGUGGUGAUUUUUCUCGCGUGUCUGGUGACGUUGAGCAACCAGCAACAAUUCCCUGGUUUAGGAAAUCCAUUUGGUAACCUUGGAAACGCGUUUGGAAAUGCCUUUAACGCCAUUUUCACUAACUCAGCCAACCAACUGACCAAUUCGGUUAACAGACCAGUCAACGGACCUGUAAACCCAGUCUUUGGUUCUGGUUUCCAACGGCCACCUGGCAACGGAAUAAAUUCGCCAGGCUUUAUUGCGGCUGUACGCCCUGUGCCUGUACCUGGUAGGCCUGAAACACUUACUCCAGUGAACAGACCUACACCUGCUCCCGUGAACCGACCUACCGCUGUUCCAGUUAUUCCCGUGAGUCGACCUACCGCUGGAAGGAAACGUAGAUCGGUCACAGUAGAACAUCCAAAGCCAACAACAACCGAAGCGCCAUCGAGUUAUUGGCCUGUGCCCGGUGCAGGCUGGUUCUACGGCUAAAAAACUUACGUAUUGUAACACGACUUUCCUUGGCAAACAACCUGUUUAAAAUUGCCUAUUGUGUCAUAUCCAAACUAUAUCUGUAUCUAUAUUUAGAAGUAAUACAUUAUUUUUUGUUGUUUAUCAU